CCAGUAAGUGGCUGCUACUCCUUAAUAAAACUAAAACUAAACCUCUCCCUCCCUCGUUCUCUCUGGGUAGUCAGUACUCAGUACCAUCACCAUUUUUAUUUUCACUCACUUACUACAGAACUCGUGGCUGUUGCUACUAUGGCUUCGGCUACUCUUUCUGUAGCCAAACCAUCCCUUCAGCUUCAGGGAAAUGGAAAGGGAUUUGCAGAAUUCUCAGGCCUCCGCAACUCAGCAGCUUUCCUUCCUUUUGCUAAAAAAACCUCUGAUGACUUCCUUUCAGUGGUUGCCUUCCAGACCUCCUCUGCUAUGGGAAGCAGCUCUGGGGGAUAUAGAAAUGGUGUAGUGGAGGCAAAGCUAAAGGUAGCCAUAAAUGGGUUUGGUAGAAUUGGCAGGAACUUCUUGAGGUGUUGGCAUGGCCGCAAGGACUCUCCUCUGGAUGUCAUUGCCAUCAAUGACACUGGUGGCGUAAAGCAGGCUUCCCACCUCCUCAAGUACGACUCCACCCUUGGCAUCUUUGAUGCCGAUGUCAAGCCAGUUGGCGACGAUGUCAUCUCAGUUGAUGGCAAGCUCCUCAAAGUAGUUUCAAACCGCAACCCUGUCAACCUCCCCUGGAAAGAAAUGGGGAUCGACCUGGUUAUCGAGGGGACUGGUGUGUUUGUGGAUAGGGAAGGAGCCGGCAAGCACAUUGAGGCAGGAGCCAAGAAAGUUCUCAUCACUGCCCCCGGGAAGGGUGAUAUCCCGACCUAUGUUGUUGGUGUGAAUGCUGACACAUACAACCCUGAUGAGCCCAUCAUCAGCAAUGCUUCUUGCACCACUAACUGCCUUGCUCCCUUUGUCAAAGUUCUUGACCAGAAGUUUGGGAUCAUCAAGGGCACAAUGACUACAACUCACUCGUACACCGGUGACCAGAGGCUACUCGAUGCAAGCCACCGUGACCUUAGGCGUGCACGAGCAGCUGCUCUCAACAUCGUUCCAACUUCAACCGGUGCUGCAAAGGCGGUGGCAUUAGUCCUUCCAAGUCUUAAAGGCAAGCUGAACGGCAUUGCCCUGCGCGUGCCAACUCCUAAUGUCUCAGUUGUUGACUUAGUUGUCCAGGUUACCAAGAAGACCUUUGCUGAAGAGGUAAAUGCUGGUUUCAGAGAGAGUGCUGACAAUGAGCUGAAAGGUAUUCUCUCUGUCUGCGAUGAGCCCCUUGUUUCAGUCGAUUUCAGGUGCUCCGACGUAUCAUCAACUGUUGAUUCAUCACUGACCAUGGUUAUGGGGGAUGACAUGGUUAAAGUGAUUGCUUGGUAUGACAAUGAGUGGGGUUACUCUCAACGCGUUGUGGAUUUGGCUGACAUUGUUGCCAACAACUGGAAAUGAGCAAAGAGUAGUUGAAACAAUCUUCAAAUGUAAUUUUUUUUUUUUUAUUUUCCUACUUUUGUUCCUUGAGAUUUAACUCUUGGGUUUCUAUUCUUGUCUUUCUAUUGUAUGAAAAUGUCCUGGAAUUAUAUCUUCUACUUUGCCAUUA